GAGAGAGAGAGAGGGAGUGAGAGAAGAGAAUUUUGGACGAGAAAUCGAGCAAUUCAUUUGUGUAGUUUAGAAUAUCACUCCUGGGAAUAUCGUACGAGGGUCGAUAAAUUGUCGCGUGGUCGUUGUCGGUACAACGGUUCUCUGACGCGGCGCACAAUACCGAAAAUCGAACCGGUUCGUAGCCGCGAAUCGACCAACGAACUGGAUUCAGUCUAAGUGACACCGUAACGAACAACAGAGAAAAAAAGAGGAACGAAAACAGAGAAAGAGAGAGAGAGAAAGAAAGGAAAAAAAAGCACAGAGAGGUAGAGUAAACGUAACGACGUAGCAGCGGCGUGUGCUACUCGAUAUCGUGCUUGGUCCCAACGGUUGCCAUUUUAUAGUCAGUCGCUCACGAGAGUUCUUCGGGGAGGCAAGAAGGAGAGGGAGAAUUGAAGAAAACACGCCAUUGGAACGAAAAUACGAUCAGCGUGGAAUUGGCGAUCGACAAAACAGCGAGUCAAAUACGAGCACGACGGCUACGACGGUGGGUCGGCUUGUACUGGUGGCCUGCAAGGACACCGUGAAGCUGACUACCCGCCGUCUCCUGCAGGAGCGUCAACGUGACCGAAAUUGCCACGCGAAAGUCAUCACGUCUUCCAACGCGGAUAUCGUGGAGGGCAUCCGGCUCGAGGACGUCACCAUGAAGCAGGAACCCGAGGACGAGGAGGAUUCCUACCUGGAGGCAGUCGAGAUGCCGUCUCUAUCGCCCUCGUCAUCCAGCAAUAGGAGCGCAGGUGCAGCACAUCGUGUUCGAUCUCAUGCACGUAGUCUACGUUCUAUGACGAACCCAAGCGCGGUUUGGGCACAUUUUGAUCUGUGUGCUAACGAUCCUCUACGUGCACUGUGUCGAAUCUGUGGGGCAGUGGUGGUUAGAGGCGGGGCAAAUCCACGACAGUGUGGUACAACGAACCUUCAUCGACAUCUCAGGGUACAUCACGGUGGCAGACUCAUUGGCACUCGCUAUCACGUACUACAAUCACCUCAGACCAAUUCAACUGGCAAGACUAUAAGAAUAGCAGCGCAGUCCUUGGUAAGAUCUCAUAUUAGAAAUAUUGCACCAGCACCUAUAUCACAGCAACAACAGCAACAGCAGCAACGACAACCAAAGACUCUUGUGUUAAAAACAAUACCCUUAAAAGUAAAGCAGGUUGCACCUACGACCAUUAAAAUGCCACCCCGACAGAUAAAUCAGGGAGUGCCUCAUAAUGUCGUACAUCAACAGCCUACAGAGGUUUGUUUAAGAUGGAACAGUUAUCACAGCAACAUGCAGAACAGUUUCCCAUCUUUAUUGGAUUCUGAACAGUUCGUCGAUGUCACUCUGGCCUGCGAAGGCCGCUCGUUGAAAUGUCAUAAAAUGAUACUGUCAGCAUGCAGUGAUUAUCUCGCGGAUCUAUUACGCGAAAAUCCAUGUCAGCAUCCGAUCAUUUUAAUGAAGGAUCUUAAAUUUUGGGAAGUAGAAGCACUAGUCAAAUUCAUGUACCGCGGAGAAGUAAAUGUCGCCCACGAUAAACUGCCACAAUUGUUGAACGCAGCUGAGGCUUUACAAGUAAAAGGAUUAGCCGGUCCAAAUCCUUCUUCACGGAAUCCAAAGCCGCCUUUACUUAUUCCGCAAUCGAAACCAGUAGUAUCUCAGCAAGUUCCUCGAGGCGCUUCAGAGACCAAAGAGAAACCUUCCACUUCUGGAGUUUCUACGCCUUCUAGUCCUAAACGCGCGCAAAAACGACAACACUCGGAACCGAUCGAGCCAAAACCUUUUACAAAGAUACGCUUACAACGACCUGUUACACCGUCACAGAUUACUACGGUUAAGUUGGAACCCCUAGAUAUCCCUCUCAGUCCUACGGAGAUGUUCCCCGAAAAUAACGAGGACAGUUCAACUCCGUCGAAUUUUGACAAACUCAUGAGUUUACACGAGGAAGAUGAUCCAGGUGGCAACGAGGCUACCGAUGGCGAAAGAGAAAUUCAUUUCUGCGAGAUAUCCGACCCACCCGAUAUAAACGAUAGCGAGGAUCAAAUGGAAUUUGUACCUACGGACUUUUUAGAACAAGAACAAGACAUAGUCGAAGAAACGGAUACAGCCUCAAACAAAGAUUGCAAAGAAGAAGAAUCUAGGGAGGAUUAUAAUUCUGUUGAACUCGAGGUCGGUGAAGGAGACGGAGUUGAAUGUUCAAAAGAAAAGAAGCCGGUUUAGUGAGAUGUUCUGAAUUCAGUAUUUGGUUUGUUUGACGGAAAUGGAGUAAGAUUGUCGUUUCGGAUUUUUAACAAAUUCUUGGAAUUAUCCAGUAUUGCCACGAGACUUUUAUUUUGUUAAUCAAGUAUUGAUUUCAAUGGUUUCCUCUUUUCUUCGAAAUUAAUACAAGAGAGAAUAAUGUAUAUAUACAUAUAUCUAUAUAUUAUUUUUGUGAUAGUGUUUUAUGAAAUCUAUUAUUAGCAUUAAAUCAUUAUGCAAUAUAUGCAAUUUUAACUUUAUUUGUGUUUAAUCAGACGCAACGCAACAUGAAGUUAUACAUAUAUUGAGAUUUUACCGUUUGUUCUCAGAGUAAUAUGACAAAUAUUUCGUCGACAUUGUAAAUAGAACGUAAACGAUAAAAAGUAAAACUAUUUUUAUCACUUACUGUAUGAAUCGUAGCGGCUACGUAUACCUUUCGAGUAUUUUCUUCAAGUUCACUGUUCGAAACUGAUAUUUCUAUACAAACAACUAUGCCAGAAAGUAUGAGAGAGAUAUUUAAGUGAACAUUAUUAAUUAAUUACACAUAUUUACAAGAGUACCUAUAACUACUUUUCUUGCAUAGUUCUUAGAAAUUCGAAUACGAUAUAUGACUUCUACGUUGUCAAACAAUUUUAAUUUAUUUGUUGAACAAAAACUUUUAUAUUAUACUUUUUUAAAUCGUAGAUCGAUUUCAUUAGUCAAGUAGAAAUUGAUCGAUUAUUUUAAAUUCGAAUGACAUUUGAAUCUGAUGAAAAUCAAUUUGAAUCAUUAAUGAAAAUUCGGAGAUUACCUAUUCCUACUUUAAUAACAAAUAUGCUAACAGCAUAAAAAAGAUAUAGCUUCUUAAGAAGAAAGUUGUACCUGUUAACUUUCAUGGUCGUUUGCAGUAUAAUAUAAUGAUAAACAGUACAGCGGAUUAAUAUUUUUUGUUAUUUGUGUUGUAUGAAAUUUGUUUAUUUUAAUAAUAUCCUUUUAAAUCUGUACGUAGGCAUUAUAUGGAAUAAGAUGUCUGAAUUUACUAAUACAUUAAUGAAAAUCAAAUACAUUCAUGCAUUAAUCGUAAAAAUUCAUUAUUAUUAAAUAAAAUUGCAAAAUUAAUAAAGUGAUAACUCGAUAUAUCAUACUUUUUAUUACAUUUCUACCUUUUAUCGUAGGUUCCUAAAGAUUAUUGCGUAAAUUUUACUUCGAAAAAAGAAUUAUCUUUUUAGCAUUAUACGAGUAUGUAAGCGUUAUGUAAAAAUAACAUUCUACGUAUAUGGUAUAUAUUAAAUCGAAGCUAGCGGCAAAAUUACGUUUGUUGUAAAAAUUUAUGUAUGAUUGAAAAGUAUAUGCACAUUGUAUAACAUGUGAAAUUGUGUUAUAAAUAAACUGCUAUAAUAGUA